AUGCUAGCCACUCGUCUACGUAAUCCCCUACGUUCUACGCUGUCUCUUGAGAAGAGCGCAAAUCCACUCGGUCGCACCUAUGCAUCGGCUUCUUCCGGCGGAGGGUCGAACCUUCCUUUGAUCCUUGGUGCAGCAGGCUUGCUCGGUCUCGGUGGUUAUGUCUAUCUGCAGCGCAAUCCUGAGAUUUUCGGCAAAAUCGAUGCUCUCAAACAAGAUGUCAAGGCGAAAGCCGAGGGCCUAGAGGCGGAACGUAAAGCGUCUUCAUCGGAGAACUCUCUUGCCGCUUUGAUCAAAGAUUCCUGGGUACCCUUCAAAUUGACCCAAGUCGAGCCGUACAAUCACAACACCAAAAUAUACACAUUUGACAUUGGCGAGAACAAGGUUGCUGGUGGAGAAGUCGCCUACGUCGUUCUUGUCAAACCGGACGGAGAUGAACCCAAGGAUGACAAAGGCAAUCCUGUCAUCAGACCUUAUACCGCGAUCUCAUCUUCGGAAGACAAGGGAACUAUCAAACUACUGAUCAAAGAAUAUAAGACUGGGAAACUCACCCCUUACAUCGCUUCUCUCACUCCUGGUCAAAACUUGCAAUUCAAAGGCCCGAUCCAGAAAUUCAAAUAUGAGCCUAAUUCGAUUGAUCGAGGAUUAUGCAUCGCAGGAGGUAGCGGUAUCACUCCCAUGUGGCAGUUGAUCACACAUUCUCUCAAAUUACCAGAGGACAAGACUAAAUGGACCUUGGUAUUCUGCAACGUAGAGGAGAAGGAUAUCUUACUGCGCAAGGAAUGGGAUCAACUGGCAAAGUCACAUCCUGAUCGUCUCGAGGUCAAAUAUGUACUAGAUAAGAGUCCAUGGGGUUGGAAAGGAGAGACCGGCUUCGUGACCCCAUCGAUGAUUUCAAAGCUGUUCCCGAAAGGCGAUGACAAGGUCAAGGUGUAUGUAUGUGGACCACCUGGUCAGGUCAAAGCUGUUGCGGGACCGAAAGAUGGGAUGAAGCAAGGAGAGGUGACUGGAGCAUUGAAGGAACUUGGAUAUACAUCUGAAGAAGUAUUCAACACCUCUACCAUAUAUCACUCCUCGAAGCGACUGUCUCUAAUCCUCCUCCUUAUUCCCCUCAUCGAAAACUUGCUCAAUAUGCAAUACCUAUCCAAGGCGUACAACUAUUACUCCGGGAUCAACCCCGCCACCUUGAGCGGUGCUAUAGACGUCAUCAUCAUUCGACAUGUAGGUGACGAUGGCGAGGUCACCAUGUCAUCUUCCCCUUUUCAUGUUCGUUUCGGCAAGCUUCAAGUCUUACGAGCUGGAGAGAAAAGAGUGACCAUCACACUACCUGAUAAUCUACCAGCACCUCAUGUCGCACCUUUCAGUAUGAAAGUAGGUGACACAGGUGAAGCUUUCUUUGUUCUUGAAACAGAGGAAGAAGUCCCCCCGGAACUCAUCACCAGUCCUGUGGUCAUGGCUGAUGACGAAACGUCUCCUAAUUUACUACCGUCACCUCCGAUGUCAUUGGAGGGAGUAGGAGCAGGUGAAGAACAAUCUCCUACUCAUCAUCCUUUUGGAGAAUCGGACAAAGCAGGACAGAAAAUACAAAAAAGACCUUUGUCAGAAGUGGAAUUCCUCGAUUUGAACGCUACGACACAUCAUGAUUUCCAUCCACCAAAUCACUCUCCUAAUCAUCAUCCAAAUACCCCAUCGACAGGUCGACCAUUGUCAUCUGUGUCCAUAACGGAUUCUGCCAGUAGUUUCGGCUUCGAACCUCGACUCAAAUCCCAUUCCACCUCAGUUUCAAGUGAUACAUCUCCUAUGGAUGUUGAAUUACGUCAUAAACCUCACAUCACCAAUGAUAUAUCUUCCGAGGGUCAGCUAUACGAUGAAGACAAGAGAAAAUUGGAGCGAGAGAAUGAAGUCGAUGAGAAUGGCCAUGCUCUGUCUGGGACCGACGAUCAGCAAGUUCCCCCAAAUCCAAUGGCAGCCCAGCCGGGGGAGAAAACUCAUAUGCCAUUUCGAGAUCAUAAACUUUCCGACAUGUAUUUAUCACCAAAUCCAAAUGAAGAUGGACUUCCAAAAGUCAAACCUGGAGAAGGAGAAGGUCCUACCGUGGUAUAUGGGAAAGAUGUCAUUCUUGAUAUGGCGGGAUAUCAUAGCUCUCGUGCUAAUGAAGACGUCACUACUCCCACCGAACGAACCUCCAAAUCCGCACUGUUACAUCAAGGACAGAAUAUGAGUGAGAAUCCAAAACAUUCUAUGGCUCCAUCAUUACGAAAUUCUCUCGUCGAUUCGCUCACUCGUAAUCUUCUCGGUGCCGUUCUUCCUAGACCUCACAUGCUUCCAAGAUCCACCGACCCCGAUUUGAAUGAAACCCAGGCUUUGUUGUCAAAUAUGACGCAUAUGUCACUUGAGGAUCGAUCUCGUCGUGAACGUCACACUUCCGAACCACCACCAGAUAUAGAACCUACUUCACCUUCAUCACUCCCAUUGUCUCGUUCACCCAGUGGGACUAUCUUUCCUCCGUCUUUACCUAUCCCACACGCUACCAUGGAUCUCGCUUGGGAUUGGGGUAGGCUGCCUGCUGGACGUCUGCCAGCAGGUCAUAAACCACCAGAUGAUGUUGAGGAAGUUGAUAAUCUGGAACCGCCCGCCUUGGAAAGAGCGCAAAGUCUUCCACCAGAGAAUAUGGAUUCACCGGUCCAACCACCAUGGGCUCCGUCUGUGCGAUUGAAGAAUGUCGAGGAUAGUCCUUAUGUGUUUGUUCUUGAAUUGGAAGAUUCUCGUACGUAUACGUUCGAAUUAGCAUUAUGUGGACAUGAAGGAUUUGCUCCUGGUGGAAAAGCUUCGGAGGAAGAUGAAGCGGCGUUCUUGCGAACUAGAGUAUCAUUCCAAGAGUUUAUCGAAGAUCCUCAAUUGGUUGAUGAUCCACGACUUGUUUUGAGAUACAGUCUAAUGUAUUUGACAUGGACUAACGAAUAUCCUCUCCUUCGAGCAUUAUCAUUAUAUCGACAAACACUCGCCCCUCCUCAUAUAAACACUCCCUCGACCCCUCCUGUCCGUCCAGUAUCAGGCUAUGGUUGGUCAAGAUGGUGGAGGGGUGAUCCUCAUUCUGGUCCUCAACCUCAACCUCAACCUCAACCUCAACAUGCAGCUUCGACCUCUGACGUUACGCUCACUCCUAUCACAUCCGGUAAUGAAGCCCCACAAGAGCUUCCCCCACUAUCAACUGAAUCUACCCAACCUACACAUCGUAAGAACUACGCGAAGACAUUACGUUUAUCAUCUGAUCAAUUGAAAUCUCUCAAUCUCAAACCUGGACCCAACACCAUUUGCUUCUCCGCCACCUCCUCCUACUCCGGUCAAGCAAUAUGUUCAGCUCGUAUUUUCCUAUGGGAAGAAACGGACCAAAUAGUCAUCUCCGAUAUCGACGGUACCAUCACUAAAUCCGACGCUUUAGGACAUGUCUUUGCUGCUAUUGGAAAAGAUUGGACACAUUUAGGAAUAGCUAAAUUAUAUACGGAUAUAAGUAAUAAUGGCUACAAGAUUAUGUAUCUGACUUCACGUGCUAUAGGUCAAGCGGAUUCCACAAGAGAGUAUUUAAAGGGGAUAGUACAGGGUGAAUAUAGGUUACCGGAUGGUCCUGUGAUCAUGAGUCCUGAUCGAUUGAUUGCUAGUCUUCAUCGAGAGGUGAUCUUGAGAAAACCUGAAUUGUUCAAAAUGGCUUGUUUGAGAGAUAUCCAAAGGUUAUUCGGACGUAAUGCGAAAGACGCAUUCUUCGCUGGGUUUGGAAAUAGGAUAACGGAUGCUAUGAGUUAUAGAUCCGUCGGUAUACCAGCAAGCAAGAUUUAUACAAUAGAUUCAACAGGUGUUGUGAAAACUGAAUUACUUCAAGCUGCUGGACAUAAAGGUAGUUAUAUACAAUUGAACGAUCUAGUGAAUGAAACUUUCCCACCCGUCAACAAAAAGUUUAUUCCUGAUUAUACCGACUUUAUCUUUUGGAGACCUUUGAUAGAAGACGUUCCAAUUCCUGAUCUCACGCCACCCUCUCCAGCUUUGAGCGCUAGGGCGGAGACGACUAGCAGGUUGAGUGUUUUGGGAAAGAUUGCAACUUUAGGUAGAAGAUCUUCUAGGGCUAUGUUACCUGGUAACGAUACCACAGUGAGGUCAGGGAGUGGAUUAGGUAGAGCUGCUGUGACGCCUAGUGAUCUACUUCGAUAGUUUUUAGGUUUGAAGAAAUGAAGGAAAUGAGAGAAGAGGGUGGAAACAUCGAUCAUGAAGGAGAUGAUAUAUUUGUUGUAUGCAUAUCAAUCAUAUUG